AUGGAAGAUGAAGGAUGCGAGAGGGGAAGCCGAAACGACGAGUGGAUAUGCGGGCUUUACCCAUGGGAGUAUUACGGAUUCAAGCACACGCUCGGCCAAGACGGCUCGCACAAAUCGUUGAUGAGAGCGCGCUCGUAUGAAGAAGAAGAUGGAAUUGCUAUGCAGAACGCGCAGGAGCAGCAUAACGCCGAUGGUUCGCGAACGGACGACCACGGCAGCGGCGGCAACGGCGGCAGCGACGGCGACGGUGGUGGUGGUGGUGGUGGCGGUGGCGGCAGUGGUGGUGGUGGGUGGUUUCCUGUCUGGUUGGCUGACUAG